CCUGCCCCGGGGCUCUCCUCGUCCCGCAGCCCAACGCUGCUGCCGCCGCCUCCUCCUCCUCACCCUCCUCCUCCUCCUCCUCCUCCGGCGGCACCUGACGCGCGGGGCUCCCGACACCCCCCCACCCCCGGCCCGGCCCACCCCUCCCUCCCUCCCCUCGCCCCUCCCGGAGCUCUCCCGUGCGAGCGGGAAGGCGAGCGGAGCCGCCGAGCGCUGCCGGCCGCUGCCCAGCACAGACCCCCGGAGCAUGCGAGGGCAGCGGGGGGGCACCCACCUCGCUGCCCCCCCGGGCGGGCCGGCGGCGGGGCUGAGCGGCGGCGAGAGCCGGUGGCGGGGAGGGGGGCAGCGCGGCCGGCCGGCGUGAAGAGGACUGGGGGCGGGGGGGUGGCGAGGAGCAGCGCAUCCCGCCUGCCCUCCAUCCCUCCAUCCCGGCUGGGGGGACCGAGCCUUGGCCCGGGGCGGGAGAGGGAGCGAGGUGCUGAGCGAGUCUCGGAGGGGGCUGCGGGGAUCAUGCCGGGGGGGCUGCGCCUCGGCAUCGCUUUCUCCUCGCCCUCCAUGGAGCCCGGACCUUUUCUACAAUGACUUUCCCUGAGCUGAGCAAUGGCAGCUUGAGUGGGAACCGGACGGGACAGGGCAGCCAGAGCGGUGCCAACCGGUCCUGGGGGCUGCAAGGUGAGGAGAUCCCCGAGGGCAACGGCACCACGCUGACUUUCGUCUUGGACGUGCAGGCAGUGGGCGUCGGGGUCUUCCUGGCCGUCUUCAUCCUCUCAGCCAUCGUGGGGAACAUCCUCGUCAUCCUCUCGGUGGCUUGCAACCGGCACCUGCAGACAGUCACCAACUACUUCAUCGUCAACCUGGCCAUCGCUGACCUGCUGCUCAGCACUACCGUGCUGCCCUUCUCAGCCACCUUGGAGGUGCUGGGUUUCUGGGUGUUUGGGCGCAUCUUCUGCAACAUCUGGGCAGCAGUGGACGUGCUGUGCUGCUCCGCCUCCAUCAUGAGCCUGUGUAUCAUCUCUGUGGACAGGUACAUCGGUGUCAAGUACUCCCUCAAGUACCCCACAAUCAUGACCGAGAGGAAGGCAGGGGUCAUCCUCGUGGUGGUCUGGCUCUCAUCCAUGGUCAUCUCCAUCGGGCCACUGCUGGGAUGGAAGGAGCCGCCACCGCCAGAUGAGAGCAUCUGUAGCAUCACAGAGGAGCCGGGCUAUGCCCUGUUCUCCUCUCUCUUCUCCUUCUACCUGCCCCUCAUGGUCAUCCUGGUGAUGUACUUCAGGAUCUACGUAGUGGCCAGGCGGACCACCCGGAGCUUGGAGGCAGGGGUCAAGAAGGAGAGGAACAAAUCCAUGGAAGUGGUACUGCGCAUCCACUGUCGCAGCGUGCUGGAGGAGCCUCUCUCCAGCACCCGGAGCAAGGGGCACAACUUCAGGAGCUCCCUCUCCGUGCGGCUCCUCAAGUUCUCCCGUGAGAAAAAAGCAGCCAAGACUCUCGCCAUUGUCGUUGGUGUUUUCAUCCUCUGCUGGUUCCCCUUCUUCUUUGUCCUGCCUUUUGGUUCUUUCUUCCCAUCUCUGAAGCCCUCCGAAAUGGUCUUCAAGGUCAUCUUCUGGCUGGGAUACUUCAACAGCUGCGUGAAUCCCAUCAUCUACCCUUGCUCCAGCAAAGAGUUCAAGCGAGCUUUCAUUAGGCUGCUGAAGUGCCAAUGCCACCGGAGAAGACGGCCCAUCUGGCGCAUCUACGACCACCACUGGCGAGGGGCCUCCAUGAACAGCUCAGUGCAAGACUCUGAGACGGACAUGAGGCCCAGGAUUAGCACCCUGAACAGCUCGUUCAUAUUUAACUCCUCCUUGCAAGAGAGAGCCAGUAAGAGGCGAACACUCAGCUUCAAGGGCUGGAAAAUGCUCACUCCUUUCCAGAAACCAGCAUCCACCCAGCUGAAGGAGAAGAUGAACAGCCUUUCUAACAAAAUCCGGGGUGGCUCCAGCAAAGCGGGGGUGACAGCCACCUACAAAACAGAGGUGGAGUCUGUCUCUAUUGGGAUCCCUCAUGACUUUGCGGAAGCCAUUGACUAUCAAACCUAUGAUUUAACAGACUGCUGUGGGCUGCGAGAAACAGAUAUUUGAAGCCACUAGGACAGCUGUCAAUUGUUUCUUUAGAUGUAUCUAGCAGAAACAUGAAGGGAUACCAUCUGUGGGUCUGUCAGGCAGACUGGAAGCAGCGAUCGGGUGUAAAAUGCAGUGGCCCAAAGGUUAUACAAGCAUCCCCCACAUGGAGGUCAGCCCAUUCUCUGGGAUUAUGGGUUCCUCAAAUAAGAGCCAAUGGCAUAUCCCAUUUUAAUGAGCCUCAGCAGGAGGGGAAGAUGUGGGGUGGAUAUGGCCUUAGAACAAGAGCUGUUUCCUCCAGUGGAUGGUUAUCUUUGACUUUGAAGGAAGCUGUGCAAUUAAGGGAAAACAGGAUGUCUCCUUUGCCUUAAAAACACCACCACAAAAUCUAACAGCAAGAUCAAUCCCCAAAAGAUGCCAACCCUGCCUUAGUACAUGUGAUCAUGUUUCCAUCCAGAGGCAGCACCCAGAAAGGACGCUGCUGAGCAGUAGCUGGCAGCUGAUCCAUUAGAUAAUGGGUUGUAAGCUUGUAGGUCUACAGGGCUGGACAGGACCUCUAGCCGUGCCUUUGCUUUGGAGGGUGAGCAGACUGUGGUAUUCCCAAGCAGGGUGGGAGGAUCCUGGCUCUCAGCCAUCAUGUCUGCAGCGACCACAGCUUUGCCCCUUCCGUGUAACCUCAUUUUAGGCCAGAAGAGCAGUACAGAUGUAUACGCUAACGCCAAUGGAUGUGUGGGUCUCUCCUCUCUAAGUCCAACCUGUGAUGCAUUUCUCAUUUUGUUUUCCAGUGAAAUACUUGCAACCCACCUUGCUCUAGUGUGCAUCCCUCUGUGAUAAAGAGAGAAAGCAACUCCUUUUGGUGUUGGUCAUCCUUGACCUUUUCCUCUCCUUUUCUUGCUCUUGUUGUCUCUCUCAAACAACAUGGAAUAAAGAUGCAUCCUAGGGGCUUCGCUCAGGUCCACACUCAACCUGUGCUGUGACUCAGGAAAGGUGGGAUGGCAAAGUUUGGGGCCAUAGGGUCAAAGCUAAAAAGGAGCUGAUGUGCAGUUGGAGAUCCCUCCUGUAGAUACAUCUUCUCCUCAGUCAGGGUCAUGCCCAUGACUCUUCUCCCAAGUGGCUUCCCAUAUGCCUGAUAUAUCAAGGCCUUUGGUGGCUAUCAACAAUUGCCUUUGGUUAUGUCCACUAGCAUGGUCAAAAGCAAUGUUGAUAAAGGGGUUUUUUGCCCUUCUCAUAGCCCCAGAGUGUGAGGUCCUCUCAGGAGGGCACUAUGGCCUCCUCUGGGACCACAUGGAGGUUGGACACAUUGACAGACCCGCCUUGGCCAGGCUCACACAAAUCGUGCUUUGCAACUCAGAAAAAUGGUCGCCCAAACUCUGCUUGGCCAUGUAUUUCAGGCACUCGUUUUAUCAAAUUUCAGGCAGUCAAUGAACCACAAAGACAUAUCAUUAGAUUUAGCCGCGGACAGAGGCAUGAGACACGUAGGUGAUAGAGGCGAAGUCUGGAUCUGAGGCUCAGUGUCUCAAGCCAGGUGAAUAAAGAACAGGAACGUGAAGUAGAAGGGUGGAAACAUGACACUGAAUGUCCCCCAAACCCAUCAAGAGUCUUUCAUGGAUGUGCCUACAGCACGUCUAGCUAAUCCUCUUAAGGGUGGCUUUCAAAGGAAAUGAAAGACUCCUAGACAAAUCAAAGAGAAUGUCACCUUUCUUUCUGCUGUUCAUUUGCUUUAAAGGAAAUCAAAACAGAGGAAAAAUUGGACUUCUUUUAUUUUUUACUUUUUUGUAUAAUGCAUAUGGAGACAUGAUCUCUGGAGUUGGUCCUAUCUCAACACCCUUAACACCCUUCUGCCCUUUACUCAGUGCAAGAUUCUGAACUGGACAAAUUACUGCACAAAGACCUGCAGAUCUUGUCCAAAUAUUUUCCUCCCAGCAGCAAAUCCCACCAAGGCACGUGGGCAGCACUGCACUUACACUGAACCGAGACUCAUUACUGUCUGUAUUUUCACAGGCGACAAGUGUCUGCAAAAUCAGCAAGAGGUUACCAGCUUGAGAGGUUCAGCAAGGGCCCAAUACACCAUGGGAACCACUGUAGGGAAAUGCAUCUUUUUUUCCUGCGUUUCUGUGGCCUUCAAGGGAAGUGAGACCCUACAGUGAUGGUGGGGUGACACAGAAAGUCAUUGUGCAGUGUAAGGACUGCAGCUGGCGCUGGCCUCCUGAGCAUUUUGGGGCUCCUGAUGGAAGAGCACACUGCUGGCACGGGGACGUAGCAUAGAAUGCAUCAGGGAGAGGGCAGUCGCUGAAGAGCAGAGAUGCCUGGAAGGUCAAGGUGAAAGGAUUAAUCCUCUUACCUUCUGCCCACCUCACGGGAUGCGUGUGCACACGUGCUACUCUCGGAGGGACUAAAUUCACCCAGAUCUGCAUUUUUGGCCCCUGUUCUGGUGACAUUGCUUUGCAGGUCUAACCAUUGCAAGUGCAUAAUGUAAGCGAUUUGGGGGCACAGUUUAGGAUGACCUGAUACAGAUAUCAUCAGAAGUGAAAGUCUACUCAAGGGGAAGAUGGGCAUUUGCCAUUAAAUGCUCUCUGAUGCUCAGGAGCAGAUUUAUCUGGUGUCUCUCCACAUCCAGAGAUCCAUAGCACAUGGUAACGUGUGCAUCCAUGACCAUACAGAUACACAUACACACUUUACUACAUUUAUAUAUAAAUGUCAUCUCCAAAAUGGCAGAUGUUCUCCUAUAAAUGGAGACUUUGCAGGGGCUUUUAGCAAUUGCUGGCAAGCACUUUCAUUCCCAAGAAUGAGUUGAAAUCAUUGCCUAGACUUCUCCCUAAUCUUUUAAAUAUACUUCUUUCUUUUUUCCAAUUUCAAAAUACUUACUUUUAUAACCCCCAGCCCCUUAAAAGCAUCUAGAAGGGAAAGAAAGAUUAUUCUAGGGGUUUUACUGCCUUGCCAUCCCAAUUCUUUACAGACCUACAAGGGAGAAAAUGAGGAUAAAGUCUGUUUAAGCACACAUAAGCCCGAACUCUGGCUCAUUUACUUUCCUCCAUUGCAGCUGUGCCUGCAUUUGAUCAGUCCCUCAGAGAUACCCUAGAAGGUGCUGUAGAAAAGCCUUGAGCUCUGCUGUGCUACAUUUAGGCAAAAUGCUUGUUUCUCACCUAAGCCAGGGCCCCCCUUUUCAUUUAGCAUCUUGCAUCAGAAGACACAAUGCAGGACUGGCCUCUGAGGCUGUUCAUGGUGAGCUUCAUCUAAAGUAGAUAGAGCUGUCUUUGCUGGCAGGGGAGGAAGCACAAUGUUGUAUGAAAUAUGACCUAUCUAAAAUUGAGCAUUUCCCUCUGAUUCCCUUAAUCUCCAAGCUCUCCCAAGUUUGGAAAAACAGGCUCAAAUCUUCAGGAGGUGAAUUUGGUCUGAUCCCACUGACUUCUCUGGACCCACAAGGGUGUGACCAGCUGAGGGUAUGGCCCCGUUUCUCCAAAUCUGCCAAGCUGGCAAUUUCCCAAAGCACCUGUACCUUGGUUGUCCCGCAACUCUCACCUCAUCGUGCUGGCUUUAUGUGACUAUUGCAUUGUCAGACCUUGCUGCUUCAAUGAACCGAGUGUGCAGGAUGGUGAACAGCAGCUUUUAUGUCAGUAGACUCUCACGAGUCCUAUUUAAGGGGGAAGGAAGGUGCCUGCCAGCCUGAGCUGGACUGCAGUUGGGUUGCGUUACUAUUGUUUACAGCGUGUAUAUAAGUGUACAUUUUCUUUAGCAGACAUUGGAAUUUUUUAUGUAUAGAUUUUUAUUUUUCAUCCCCAGAUGUAUUUAUUAGCCAGAGUAUUUCUGUUUUGUGAUUCAAGUUCUGUCGGAUUGAUGUAAGCUCUAUGAAACAGAAUGCACAUAUUUUUGUUUUGUUUGUACCAAAUACAUGCACAAACCAG